AUGGACCCCAAAGGCCCAGGUGGCACCUUUAAAAGGUCUUCCCUUAAACGCAGCACAUCUGGCUCACAAAAGGCACAACGGGCUUGGAUUGAGAGGACAUUUCUUAAAAGAGAAUGUGUUCACAUAUUUCCCAGCAAGGAUCCAACCAGAUGUGCCUGUGGUCAGUUGGUAACGCAGCAUGUGGCCAUCCCUCCCGGUGCCAACUCAUUAGAAGAGGCGACCCCGCUGGUGCAGAUUGACACCCCAAAUGACAAAUGGAGUGUGAUAAAGCACACCAGGACGUACCCGACCGACUCCUUUGGGAUCAUCGAGUUCCAGGGAGGAGGGUUCAUCAACAAAGCCAUGUAUAUUCGUGUUUCAUAUGACACCAAACCUGACAACCUCCUGCAUGUGAUGGUCAAGGACUGGCAGCUGGAGCUGCCCACCUUGCUCAUCUCUGUCCACGGAGGCCUUCAGAACUUUGACCUCCAGCCCAAACUCAAGCAAGUGUUCGGCAAAGGCCUGAUCAAAGCGGCCGUUACCACAGGAGCGUGGAUCUUCACAGGUGGAGUCAACACAGGGGUGAUCCGUCACGUUGGAGAUGCUUUGAAGGACCAUUCCUCCAAGUCUCGGGGAAAGGUGUGCGCAAUAGGAAUUGCUCCAUGGGGGAUCUUGGAGAACAAAGAGGACCUGAUCGGAAAAGAUGUGACUAGACCCUAUCAGACAAUGGCAAACCCACUGAGCAAGCUGGCAGUACUCAACAACAGCCACUCCCACUUCAUCCUCACCGACAACGGAACCUGUGGAAAGUACGGCUCUGAGGUCAAACUGCGCCGGCUGCUGGAGAAGCACAUCUCCCUGCAGAAGAUCAACACUCGUUUGGGACAGGGGGUUCCUCUGGUGUGUCUGAUAGUGGAGGGAGGUCCCAACGUCAUCUCCAUAGCGCUGGAGAGCCUGAGGGACGAGCCCCCCAUCCCGGUGGUGGUGUGUGACGGCAGCGGCCGGGCCUCAGACAUCAUUUCAUUUGCCCACAAGUUCUCGGAGGAUGGAGGGCUGGUUAAUGAUGACGUCAGAGACCAGCUUUUAGUGACCAUUCAGAAGACCUUCAAUUACACCAAAAGCCAAUCGCAGCAGAUCCUGCUCAUGGUGAUGGAGUGCAUGAAGAAAAGGGAACUGAUCACUGUGUUUCGAAUGGGCUCUGAGGGGCAACAGGAUAUUGAAAUGGCCAUCCUUACGGCCUUGUUGAAAGGAACAAACGCUUCAGCACCAGACCAGCUCAGUUUGGCUCUGGCCUGGAACAGAGUGGAUAUUGCCCGAAAUCAUAUCUUUGUUUAUGGUCACAAUUUACCUCCUGCCGGAGCCGUGGCCAACAGUGCAACCGGUGCAGUUCAAACUCAGGAAAAACAGAAGAGCCCUGCCAGCGCACCUCGCAACAAGGCCCGCGGCAAAAAGGGAAAGGGAAAGGGGAAGGCAAAACCUGAACCUCCAGAGGAAACGGAUCCCAGGAAACUGGAGCUGAUUCGCUGGGUUAACUCUCUGGAGCAGGCCAUGAUGGAUGCACUAGUGCUGGACAGAGUCGACUUUGUCAAACUGCUGCUUGAGAAUGGGGUCAACAUUCACCACUUUCUCACCAUUCCAAGGCUGGAGGAGUUAUACAACACAAAACUUGGCCCUGCAAAUACACUGCAUGUUGUGGUUCGGGAUGUGAAAAAGGGAAACCUUCCUCCAGAUUAUCAGAUCACUUUGAUCGAUAUUGGUCUGGUGCUGGAAUACCUCAUGGGUGGAGCAUACAGAAGCAAUUACACAAGAAAGGCUUUCCGCAACCUGUACAACAACCUGUAUGGUUUAAAAAGGCCAAAAGCUUUGAAACUCUUGGGAAUGGAGGAUGAUGAGCCAAGAACUAAGGGCAAGAAAAAGGGCAAAAAGAAGAAAGAGGAGGAGGUUGAAAUUGACGUGGAUGACCCGGAGGUGUGUCGAUUCAAAUACCCGUUCCAUGAGCUGAUGGUGUGGGCAGUGCUGCUGAAGCGCCAGAAGAUGGCGCUGUUUCUGUGGCAGCGUGGGGAGGAGGCCAUGGCAAAGGCUCUGGUGGCUUGUAAACUGUACAAGGCCUUGGCCCAUGAGUGCUCAGAGAGUGAGCUUGUGGACGACAUCUCCCAGGAUCUGGAGAACAACUCAAAAGAUUUUGGCCAGUUGGCCUAUGAGCUUCUGGACCAGUCCUACAAACACGACGAGCAGGUGGCCAUGAAACUCCUGACGUAUGAGCUGGUUAACUGGAGCAACUCAACCUGUCUGAAGCUGGCCGUGGCUGCAAAGCAGCGGGACUUCAUCGCUCACACCUGCAGCCAGAUGUUGCUCACCGACAUGUGGAUGGGUUGCUUAAGGAUUGGGAAAAACCCUGGCCUCAAGGUUAUUCUGGGAAUCAUCUUUCCUCCUCUGAUUAUGCUCCUGGACUUUCGUAUCGGAGAUGAUGCUUCCUAUCAAGCACCUGGGGACAAAGGAGAAGGAAAAGACAAGGAUGACGACACAAAGUCCAGCAAGGUCCCGGAUGCAAACAAUGACGCAACCUCCAGGAAAGGCGACGAGGAGGAGGGCAGCGCCAAGGUCCACAAAAUCCCCAUCGGCAAAAGGUUUUUUGAGUUUUACGACGCGCCCUUCACCAAGUUCUGGUUCAACACUAUUUCCUAUCUGAGUUAUCUGAUGCUGUAUAAUUACAUCAUCCUGGUGAAAAUGGAGAGAUGGCCAUCCUUGCAAGAGUGGACUGUUAUUUCAUACAUCCUCACGCUUGGGACUGAAAAAGUCAGACAGAUUCUGAUGUCGGAGCCGGGGAAACUGAAGCAGAAGAUUAGCGUGUGGAUGGAGGAGUACUGGAACAUCACAGACAUGUUUGCUAUUGCCACCUUCCUCCUGGGGCUGAUGCUGCGUCUUCAGCCUGAGCCCUACAUGGGCUACGGCAGAGUCAUCUACUGCAUCGACAUCAUCUUCUGGUACAUUCGAGUGCUGGACAUCUUUGGAGUCAACAAAUACCUGGGACCCUAUGUGAUGAUGAUAGGGAAAAUGAUGAUCGAUAUGAUGUACUUUGUGGUGAUCAUGCUGGUGGUGCUGAUGAGUUUUGGAGUGGCUCGGCAAGCCAUCCUUCACCCAGAUGAGGAGCCGACAUGGCGCCUAGCCAGAAACAUUUUCUACAUGCCCUACUGGAUGAUCUACGGAGAGGUUUUUGCAGACUCGAUAGACCUCUAUGCAAUGGAAAUCAACCCUCCGUGUGGAGAACAUUUGUAUGAUGAGGAUGGGAAGAAACUUCCCCCCUGUAUCCCCGGUGCCUGGCUCACACCGGCCAUCAUGGCCUGCUACCUGCUGGUUGCCAACAUUCUGCUGGUCAACUUGCUCAUUGCAGUCUUCAACAACACUUUCUUCGAAGUCAAAUCCAUUUCCAACCAGGUGUGGAAGUUUCAAAGAUAUCAGCUGAUCAUGACUUUCCAUGACCGCCCCAUUCUGCCUCCGCCUCUCAUUAUCCUGAGCCACCUCUACAUCCUGUUCAGCAGGCUGUUCCGCCGCUGUGCGAGGAAGAGGCAGGAGGGCGAGCUGGAUGAGAAGGACCGGGGCCUCAAGCUCAGGCUGAAUCCAGAGGAGCUAAAGAAUCUGUAUGAAUUUGAGGAGCAAUGUGUGGAGGAAUAUUUCCGCAAUAAAGAGGACGAGCAGCAGUCUUCAAGUGAUGAACGAAUCAAGGUUACUUCGGAGAGAGUUGAGAACAUGUCGAUGCGUCUGGAGGAGGUCAACGAGAGGGAAAACACCAUGAAGGCCUCGCUGCAGACGGUGGACCUGCGUCUGGCCCAACUGGAGGAGAUUCACGGGCGGAUGGCGGUGGCCCUGGAGAAGCUGGCCGGAGUGGACAGACUGGAGCUGACCCGGACCUACUCGCGAAACUCCUCCGUGUGCGACCCCUCCUCCCUGCUCCGGCAGGGCAGCAUCAACAGCGCCGACGGUUACAGCCUCUACCGCUUCCACAUGGACAUGGAGGAGUUCGCGUCCCGGCAGAACGAGACGGAGGAGAAAGGCGGCCCUGAGGGUCAGCGGGGUGCGCGCCAGGCCUCCAGCACCUGCGCCCUCAACGCCAAGGAAGGCGGGCAGACGCUGGAGGUCGGGGCCCUGCAGAGGUCCCGGCCCGGCUCCUGCGUGGACAUACUCAUAUCCCCGUGUGAGCAGAAGCCCGCCUCGGUUGCGUCCAGUCAGGAGAUCAUAACCGACCCCAAGCCGGGCAGCGCGACGCUGCUGGACAAGCCGAUCGACAAGAACCGACUCAAACCUUUAUCCCCUCCCAAACGGACCAAAUCUCUCAAACACUACCCGGUCGAGGACCAGGCCACGUCCCCGUUGACGAAGAGAAGAGCCAUGAGCACCCUGACGGUCAACCCCCCCGAUGAGCCAGAGCCAGAGCCCCCCGCCGGGCCGACGGCCAAAGCCACGCUCGCCGUGGGAACCUCCGCCUCCCCGAGGAGGGCCAAGUCUCUGCGGUAUCUUCCCGUGGAAAGCCAAGCGUCCCCUCUCACAAGGAGGAGGGCCAUGAGCGGCAUCAUCUACAACCCGGCCGAGGCGGGAGACGAGGCGCCCGCCGCUGAACCCGCAGAGCCCCGAGACCCGGGCCAGACCGGGGCCGCUCCCUCCGAGACCGAGGGAGCUCCACCGGAACGAGAGGGAGAGCAAGAACGCACGAAGGCCAAAAGAAUCCUCUCGGACACCACCGAGUAUCUGACCGUCGACGACCAAAGGUCCGCGCGGCCCACCAGGUCAAAGAGCUGCAGCGCCAGCGACAUGAAAGCCAAGCCUACGGCGGCCCCCAAAGAGCCGAGGGCCUCCAGCUGCGAACGAGACCCCGACAGGGCCUCGGCUGUUGGGCAGGAGGACGAGAGGGAGAAGACGGAGGCAGGGAAGACAGGCGAUGAUGCAGAGUAG